AGAGAGAGAGAGAGAGAGAGAGCGAGAGAUGGCAAAGUUGGCUGUUGCGUUCACGGAGCUGCUUGUGCUUGCCCUUGUCCUGGCCCCAGCCACCGCCAGGAACGUGCCUGACCUCGUCACAGCAACCACCAAAACGCCAACCGGCGGCGACGCCAGUGCAGGGCUCGAAGACAAGAAAAACUUCGUCUUUGGUGGAGUCGGUGGCUUUGCGGGCGUCGGUGGCAUUGCUGGUGGUUAUGGUGGCGCUGCUGGUCUAGCUGGACUCGGUGGCCUCGGCGGCCUCGGCGGGGUUGGUGGAGUGGGUGGUCUCGGUGGACUUGGCGGGGUUGGCGGUGUGGGAACCGGCGCCGGAGGCGGUUUCGGCGGCGGCGGCGCUGGUGGCAUCACACCGUGAGUGGGUCUAAUUCCCUGUGUACGUGCAUGUCAAUGCAUGUAUGUGGUAUGUCUCUGUGAUAGUCAUAGUAGUAGCUUUCUGAAAGAGUUGUGUUCGUUUCUAGUUCCGGUUCGGUCGUAGCAAGAGAUGUAUCCUAGUUUAGCCUGCUCUAUGCCAUGAUCACUGCAUGUUCCAAACACAA